AUGUCCACAGAACUUAAAGAAGAAGCUGAAAAUCAUCCGGAGUUAUACGGGUUGAGAAGAUCUACUAGAUCUCACAAGCCUGUUCAUUUUUUCGAGGAGUCAGAUGAAGAGUCUGAGCCUCAAAAAAGGAGGCGCAGGAAACAUUUCGAUAGAGAUUAUGCCAUAGACGAUGAUAUUGAAGAUGAUAUGGAUGAAGAUGAUAAUGGUUCCACAUCUGGUGAUACUGGUGAUGAUGAUUUUGUUCCUGAUUCUGGUCGCAAAAGGAGAUCUCGUCGGUCUGGAAAGAAAAAGACACGAAGUGGAGCUCGAAACAGAAAGCGGAGCAAAAGCUCAAGAAGCCGAUCAAAAACGUAUGCUGAUUUCGAAGACGAUGAUCAAGAAUAUAGCGAUGGUGAAUCUCCUGCAGUGCCGAUAAGAUUUUCAACCAGAAAUAACAACAAGGUUGUUAACUAUGCUGAUGACUAUGAUGAUGAUGAUUUGCUGCUGAGUGGUAGUGAAGAGGAUAGUAAGAGUUAUUCCAUGGAGCCAGAGUAUGAGCCUGUUGGCAUUGAUCUUGUUGUUGAUCACAGGCCAAAGGGAUUUCAAGGUAUUGGAUCAGAAGAAGAUGAUCACCUUUCAAAGGAGGAUCUCGAUAAGAAGAAGAGUAUUAUUGCCCAUGGUGAUCCAGAGAAUGAUUUCGAGUUUUUGAUCAAAUGGACCGAUACGGCACACAUUCAUAAUACAUGGGAGACGUACGAUGGAUUGAAUAGCAGGCGUCUACGUGGAUUAAAGAAGCUGGACAAUUACAUUAACACGUAUAUCAUUGAAGACCGUCAAAUCAGAAACGAUCCACUCGUAACUCGCGAGGAUAUAGAGCAAAUGGAGAUAGAGGCUGACACAAGACGGGAGACUUUCGAAAGAUAUAAAAACGUCGAACGUAUAGUGACGAGUGAAAGAGUCACAUUAGAUAAUGGUGAAUCUGAUCUUCGUUACUUCGUCAAGUGGAAGAGACUCAAUUAUGAUGAAUGUACUUGGGAGUCUUCUUCAGAAAUCGCUGAUAUCGCACCGGAUGCUGUCUCAAAGUUCCAGGCCCGUCAGAACUCUAAAAUUCUACCGUCAUACUCUGCUUCAUACGGAAAGCAUAGACCACGCUUUGAAAAGCUUACCAGCCAGCCGUUAUACGUUAAGAAUGGAAUAUUAAGAGAUUUCCAACUAACGGGUUUGAAUUGGAUGGCAUAUCUUUGGUCAAGAAAUGAGAAUGGUAUUUUGGCCGACGAAAUGGGUUUGGGAAAAACUGUCCAGACGAUUGCCUUUCUUUCAUGGUUAAUCUAUGCCAGAAGACAGAAUGGCCCACAUCUGGUUGUUGUUCCGUUAUCAACUGUUCCGUCAUGGCAGGAGACUUUUGAACUUUGGGCUCCCGAUAUCAAUGUCAUUUAUUACAUGGGUAAUACGAAGGCCAGAAAAACAAUUCGGGACUACGAGUUCUAUAGCGGUAGCAAAAGGAAAGUCAAGUUCAACAUUCUUUUAACCACUUACGAGUACAUCCUUAAGGAUAAAGCUGAAUUAGGUUCGUUCAAAUGGCAAUAUCUUGCAGUCGAUGAAGCUCAUAGAUUAAAGAAUGCCGAAAGCUCGCUCUAUCAGAGUUUAAUGGAGUUUAAAGUGGCCAACAGGUUGUUGAUUACUGGUACGCCUUUGCAAAACAAUCUAAAAGAGCUUGCUGCGCUAUGCAACUUUUUGAUGCCAGGAAAGUUCGAUAUAGACGAGAACAUUGAUUUCAAUGCUCCUGGUACCGAAGCUGAGGAUGCAAUCAAGAAUUUACAAUCUAGUAUCAAGCCAUAUAUCUUGAGACGUUUAAAGAAGGAUGUGGAAAGUUCGCUUCCGGGAAAAACAGAAAGAAUACUUAGAGUCGAGCUUUCCGAUGUUCAGACCGAUUAUUAUAAAAACAUUUUGACAAAAAACUAUCGUGCUUUGCGAGACGCUUCAAGUGGUUCUCAGGUUUCAUUGUUGAAUGUUGUUGCAGAGUUGAAGAAGGCAUCCAAUCAUCCAUACUUGUUUGAUGGUGUGGAGGAUAGUGUUUUGGCUAAGGCUGGCUCUAAGUCCAGGGAGAACAUUCUGAGGGGUAUGAUAAUGAGUUCAGGUAAGAUGGUUCUUCUGGAUCAGCUUUUGAAAAAGUUGAAAAGAGAUGGACAUAGGGUUUUGAUUUUCUCUCAAAUGGUGAGAAUGCUUGACAUCAUUGGGGAUUAUUUAUCGCUUAAAGGACUAAAUUUCCAACGACUUGACGGAACCAUCCCUUCAUAUAGGAGAAGAAUUGCCAUUGAUCAUUUCAACUCUGACGGAUCUAAGGAUUUUAUCUUUUUGCUAUCCACCAGAGCUGGUGGUUUAGGUAUCAACUUGAUGACGGCAGAUACCGUUAUCAUCUUUGACUCCGAUUGGAAUCCCCAGGCAGAUCUUCAAGCUAUGGCUAGAGCACAUAGAAUAGGUCAGAAAAAUCAUGUCAUGGUGUAUAGAUUCGUCUCUAAAGAUACUAUUGAGGAGCAAGUUUUGGAAAGAGCAAGAAAGAAGAUGAUCCUUGAAUAUGCUAUUAUUUCUCUUGGAAUUACCGAUAAAAAGACACAGAAAGAUGAGCCAUCAACUGGUGAAUUAAGUGAAAUUCUUAAGUUUGGUGCUAGCAAUAUGUUCAAGACAAGCGACAAUCAAAAGAAGCUUGAGAACCUUGAUUUGGAAGAUGUUUUGAACCAUGCUGAAGAUCAUGAGACUACACCUGAUCUUGGCGGCUCGAACUUUGGAAGUGAGGAUUUCUUGAAGCAGUUUGAAGUCACUGAUUAUAAAGCGGAUGUUGACUGGGAUGAUAUCAUUCCAGAUGAUGAGUUGGUGAAGAUUAAAGAAGAGGAGAAGAAGGAGAAGGAAGAAGAGUUCCUUCAGAAGCAAAUAGAAAUGGCUAAGGGAAGGGCUGCUGCUAUGAAGAAGCACAAUUACAAUGAGGAUGAAUCGUAUGGAGAAUAUGAAGAGUCGACAAGAAGAAGAAAGUUGGAUAUGAAUAAACUAACUGAAUCUCAAGUUAGAGCAAUAUAUAAGGCUAUUCUGAAGUUUGGAGAUAUUAGGCCUGAUAUUGAUCAUUUUAUUGAAGAUGGUACUUUACCAAACAAGAAUCCAAAGUUGCUGCUUAAAUGCUACGAUGAUAUGAUGAAAACUAGUAAGGACAUGAUUGAGGAAUCUGAACAUGUCAAGGCAAAACAGUUAAAGGAGCUUGCUGUGAAGGUCGAGAGAGAGAAGCAAGAAAUAGCCAACCUUCCACCUUUACCUGAUGGUGAGCGUAGGCCCACACCAAUGAUGCGUGCAUACAAUGCUAAGAGAAGAGAAAGAAAGGCUGUUCUUUUUGACUACAUGGGUGCCAGAAACUUAAAUGCCGAAACAAUUUUGGAGCGUCCUAAACAAAUGAAACUUCUUAAGAGUAUUAUUCCUCAUGAUGAUCCCUCACGCUUUAGAUUUAGGGGUGAACCCAAGGCAGUUCAUGGGUGGUCCUGUGAAUGGACUGGUGUUGAUGAUGCCAUGCUUUUAAUUGGAAUUUAUAAGUUUGGAUAUGGCUCGUGGAUUCAAAUCCGGGAUGAUCCCGUUUUGAAGCUUCAGAACAAGCUCUUUUUAGAUAGCGCACCAACAGGUGCCUCAAAAGAGGAGAAGGCAAAAUAUAAUAAAACGCCAAGUUCCGUUCACUUGAAUAGACGUGCCGAAUACUUAUUGGGUUUGGUGCGGCAUGAGGCUUUGAAUGGGCCUUUGCCGGAUAAUAAAGAUCUUAGAAGAGUCCGCAAGGAAAGAAAGCCUGUUAAAAGGCAGGAAGUAUCUGAUUCAAGUGGCACUCCUAGGCCAGCAUCAAGCAGUUCGUUGAAUUCUUCUGUUCAACCAAAAGUGGCUGCCAAUCAUGGAACUUUGAAGAAGACUACUACCCGAGUUAAGCUGAAUCAAUUUGUACAUAGAAAUGGCCAUUCUGCACGUUCUCGGUCAUCCAGUCCACUGCUAUCUAGAAAGAAAGCUAUUCAUCCGUUGCUUAAGAGUGUCGAAAAGGACCUCAGGAUUUGGGAAUCUCGAGGAAGGGGUCUGGAUAGACAUGAUUGGACACUCAAGUUGAAAGUUUCGUUGAUUCGAAUUGGAAAUCAAAUUGAAAAAAUUGGUAAGGGAAAUGUUGGUUUGAAUCAUGAAUUGUGGGAGAGUGCCAAGCAGUUUUGGCCGAACCCAAGUGUCCCGGCUCAACUUAUCAAGAAAAUGUACAUUAAGAAGUCCCGUCAAGUUAGAGAACAGAGGGCGGAGAGAAGAUAA